AUGGUGUCAUCCACGCUGAAUGUGCUGGGCGCCCUCGCGUCAGGCGUGCUUGUCAACGCCGUCGCCCCGUCAUGCAGCAAGUGCACCAUCAACGAUGCCACGGUGGGCUGUGCGUCGCUAAGCGAGGCGUUCCCCAGCAAGACCUUCUUCCCGGGCCAAGAGGUGUACGCCUUUGAGAAGACCAACUUCUGGUCGAACCACGAGAUCCUGAGCCCCAAGUGUGUGUUCCGCCCGGAGACUGCACAGGAUGUGGCGGCUGCCGUCAUAACACUCAAGGAGGACUGCACGCAGUUCGCUGUGCGUGGAGGAGGGCACAUGGGGAUCAAGGGAGCCAAUAGCAUCGACAACGGCGUGCUGAUGGUCAUGUCCAACUUGACGACCUUGUCGCUCGCCGAGGACAAGCUCAGCGUCGAGGUCGGCCCCAGCCACGACUGGGGCGAGGUCUACACGGAGCUCGACAAGCACGGGCUGACCGUGGCGGGCGGCCGCCUCGCGCCCGUCGGCGUCCCCGGCCUGCUCCUCGCUGGCGGCGUCAACUUUCAUGGCAACCAGCACGGCUGGUCUGCGGACAAUGUGCUCGAGUACGAGGUCGUGCUGGCCUCGGGCGAGAUUGCCACCGUCUCGGCGGUGGAGAACCCGGACCUGUUCUGGGCGCUCAAGGGCGGCAGCAGCAACUUUGGCAUCGUCACCAAGUUCAGGCUGCGCACGUUCAAGUCUGGCACUGACGGCAAGGUGCUUGCCGGCACUUACACAGUGUCGGCCGAGCACCUGGAUGCUUUCUUUGUGGCCAUCGCCCACUACGCCGCGUACAACACCGACCCGCUCUCACAUAUCGUGCCCAUGACCGUCGCGGGUCCCGAUCCAACCACUCCCGCCGCCGCCGCCGUCAUCCUGUACUACGACUCUGCCGAGACGCCCGCGCCCGAGUGCUUCGCCGAGUUCUUCAAGAUCCCCGCGCUCGCCAACUCGGUCUCGGUCAAGACCCUGGGCGAGUUCGCCGUCGAGACGGGAGCUCUGGUGGUCGACGGGAUAAACGACAUGUUCAUCGCCGGCACCACCGUGGGCAAGACCUACGAAGACCUCCUGCGGGGAAUCCAGAUCACCAACGAGGUCUUCUUCAGGGAACUGCCAAAACUGCACGCCGUCAUCCCCGUCGAGAAGCUCAGCCUGGUCAGCAUCGACUGGCAGCCCAUCGGCACGCUGUGGGCCGCUGCCUCCAGGGCUGCAAACCCGGUCGGCAACGCGCUCGGUCUGGACGUCGAGGCCAAGGGCACGUACCUGGCCUGGGCGGAGGUCGUCGAGUGGAUCGGUGACGAGUACUAUGACCCUGUGCAUGAGUGGAUCGUCAACACGACGCGGGUGAUCGAGGAGGCCACCCGUGCCGCGGGCUUGUACGAUGCGUUCAAGUACAUGGGCGAUGCGGCCGGUUUCCAGAGCAUCUAUGCCGGGUAUGGCGCCGAGAACGAGGCGAGGCUCCGUGAGGUGUCGCGCAAGUAUGACCCGGAGCGCGUAUUCCAGCGUUUGAUGCCUGGUGGAUUCAAGAUCGGGGUGUGAG